AUGCCCAAACGACGCAAGCGAGACGAUACCACAACAGAAGACGAUGACCCGACUCCACGCAAGGCCAGACGGAGCGCUCCAGACGACCAUGUCCCUUCGAUAUCAAGUCCUUUGCGAGGCUCAGAAACGCCCUCUCGCUCCAUCCUGAAGCAGACUCCCACCAAGGCCAAUGGCUUGCAGAGUUUUGAUGCUACACCCAGUUCCCUCCGAAAGGUCUUGUUUGCCACUCCAAAUAGGCCAGAGGAAGAAGUAGACGACAACGCUGAAGAGACACCGCUGGCCACUCGGAACGACCGCAACGAUCGCUCGGCGCGUAAGAAGAGUCAGCGAACACUGCAGAAGCAGAUUGCACAGGGAGACGACAGCGAUGAUGGCGAGAACGAGCAGGAUGAAGCCAUUGCACAGGCCAUAUUGGGCGAGGAUGAAGAUGUGGAGGACGGCAUGGAAAUGGAGAUAGCAGUUGCGCCAGACACCCCGUCAAAGACGGGCAGACCACGAGGACGACCGAAAGGGAAGAGGCGUGAGCGUACUCCUAGUCCUCCACCCAAUCUGCCACCCCAUGAACUCUUCUUCUUUCAGAAUCGAGGUGGUGGAAACAAAACAUCUGCCAAUACUAUGCCAAGCAAUCUCCUGCUCAAUCAUGAAGACUACUUUGCUCGAAUUGCGUCUUAUGAAGACCCGCACAAGUCGGAUAUUGCGAUGCUGAAGCAGUUGCAUGUACGAGCAUUCAAUCAAUGGAACUUUGAAUUAGAGGAAGGUUUCAGCAUUUGCUUAUAUGGUUAUGGCUCGAAGCGUAGUCUAGCCAUGGACUAUGCUGAGCACAUAUAUGGCCAAUCAGAGAAGCCACCGAAUAUUGUCGUAGUCAAUGGCUACGCUUCUGGAUUGACGAUACGAGAUGUGCUCACCACCGUCGCCAGUGUAAUUGUCCACAAAGGCAGCAAGCUUCCAGCACAACCCGCUGCAAUGCUCGACACCAUCUUGACGACUCUGACGGAAACACCACCCAAGGAACCCAUCAAGCUCAUCAUCCACUCACUCGAUCACGUCAAUCUCCGCAAAGCAGCAUCUCAAACACUACUAGCACGUCUCGCCGCCCAUCGUAGCAUAUCACUCAUAGCUACAUGCGACAAUCCCAACUUCCCCCUCUUGUGGGACAUAUCUCUCGCCUCGCAAUACAACUUCCUCUUUCACGACGCCACGACUUUCUCGCCCUAUACCGCAGAGAUCGAAGUCGUAGAAGAUGUCAACACCCUCCUCGGCAGAAGCAGCAGACGUCUCGGAGGCAAAGACGGCGUAGGCUACGUCCUCAAAUCUUUACCGGAAAACGCAAGAUCUCUCUUCAGAAUCCUCGUAGCAGAACAACUCGCUCUCGCCGAUACCGAGGGCGAAAUGUUUCUCAAUGGCAGACCUGCCAAAAAGCCCAAACAGAAAAAGUCCACUCCAUCGAAAAAACUCUCCAUGCCAGCAACAUCAUCAUCAGGAGGCGUAGAAUAUCGCACUCUCUACCACAAAGCCGUGGAAGAAUUUGUGUGUUCGAGCGAAGUGAAUUUCCGAACGUUAUUGAAAGAAUUUCAUGAUCAUCAGAUGAUUGAAUCGAAAAAAGAUGCUUUGGGGACGGAAAGGUUAUUGGUUCCGUUUCGAAGGGAGGAGUUGGAGGCUAUUUUGGAGGAUUUGGUGUGAAGAGGUGGAGUUGGUUAAUUCAGGUAAACUAGGUACCUUAGGUUGUCGAGUCAAGUGAAGCGCAGUUUAGUGGAAAUUAAACGUCGAGAAGUUCAAAGUACCUAGGUAGAGAAGAAGAUGGGUGUUCGGAUUAUACAGGUAGGUACGUUAUGUGAAUGAUAUGAAGAAGAAGAAGGUCAAUAGGAGAAUAAAAAGU